UACAGUUUCGCACUGUUUUUGUCUCGUGACGCGACUUUACAAAUGAUUAUUAAAGCUUAUCGGCGCAUACAUGAAUUAUUAACAACAUUUAAAGAAUAUAAGUAGGUAAUGGACGUAGGCAAUAGUGAAGUUCAUUGCAAAAUCUCAAUGAAAUGAAGCUCCCGACUAUUUUUGUUACAAUCGUGCUGGUUUCAGCCGUGGCAGCUAAAAAGUUUUAUGUGUUUAAAACACAUCUGAAUUGGCACUUGGCGUUUCGGGAUUGUGAAGCUCGCGGAUUACAAAUGGCUACGAUAAAUGAAUGGAACGAAAAUCAUUAUUUUCGACUUGCUAUGGAACAAUCAGGUACUUUGAAUGAGUGGAUCUGGAUAUCCGGUACAGAUUUAGCUUCCGUCGGGAAUUUUACUUGGAUGACCAAUGGACGACCAUUGUCCAGCAUCUAUUGGCUCUGGUUCCCAAACGAGCCCAACAAUUAUGGCGGAAACGAAAGAUGCAUCAAUGCUAUGUUACAUAGAACUGAAGCCAAAUGGAACGACUUGGAUUGCGAUAAAAAACUGUAUUAUGCUUGCGAAGAUAAACCCAGCACAUGUGAUGCUACAGUUAGCACAUAAAUGUAAAUCACAAGGCAUAAAAAUUGAUAAUUUAGCCUACAUUACACAUGCAGUAAAAUAUUUCACAUAUAAAUGAUAUUAUUAUGGUUAUUUGUUCAAAGUUUGACGCAAAUGCAAAAAUUUAGCAAAUUUGUGAUUUGUAGAUGUUUGGAAUUUUUGAUUCUAAAUUUUUUUUCCCUGUAUGAUAAAGCAUGGACUCUCCAGUUUGCUCAAUCAGUGACCAAUGUGACCCAAGAUAAUGGCUAAUUAUAUUUUAAGCGGGUUUUGCCAGAAUGACGAUUUUAUAAUCUGGUUUGUUUAUAUUCAACGACCGAAAUGACUUUCUGUUCAUUCCGUCAAAAUGCAAGCGUUAAGAAUAUUUAUUAUUUGCGUCUGUGUGGUUUUUGUUAGUUCUACUAAAAAAUACUAUGUGUUUAAAAUAAAUAAACUAAAUUGGCAUGCAGCUGCCCAAGAUUGUUUAUCCCGCGGCUUACAACUGGCUACAAUCACCUCCAGCGCAGAACAAACUGAUCUUGAAGACGUGCUUAAAGGAUCAAAUGUGGGUAAUAAUUGGUUGUGGACUUCGGGCACUGAUCAAGGUGAAGAAGGGAACUUUUUUUGGAUGAGCACAGGUAAACCUAUAAUUUAUUCAAAAUGGAGCAGGCCUCAACCAGACAAUGCGGGAGGCAGAGAAAACUGUGUGCAUAUAUGGAUGUCAAAUGGUGUAUACACAUGGAACGAUUGGCUUUGCGAGAAGAAAUUGUAUUACAUUUGUGAAGAUAAACCAGACGCACAAAAUGUUAUUAAUAUUGAGAUUAUCGCUGAGAAUUCAUAGGUUACGUUAUUUUUGUUACCAUGUUCUUAUCUUGUCAGACAACUGUGUUAUGUAAGUGUGUUAUUUUGAUUGUGGAAGCAAUAUUUAUUGUAAUUAAAUGUAGAAAAGUACUGGUUUUCUUAAAAUUUCUUAGUAUUUACUGGUUUUUGGGUUAAAAUGGUGUCGAAGCAAUUAAGGUUGCCUAAAUUCAAGUAAACAUUUAAAGUAAAAUUUUGAAAUGUUGCGUUUUGAAUGUUUUGAAUAAUUUCAUGCGUUUAUCUCCACUUACAUGAAUUAUUAACACUCUGAACAGUCAAAUACACACGAUAUAAGUAUGGAGACAACAAAUAAAACACUAGUAGUAAAAUAAAAUGAAGUUCACUCUCUUUAUAAUUGCAACCGUGCUAGUUUUAGGCGAAGAACAGAACCGCGAUACAAAAAGAUAUUAUAUUUUUAAACAUAAAGUAAUAAAAUCAAUAACCUAAUUAUAAACCGCA